GAUGCCUCCACAAAUUUCUUGUUACAACUCAGCAGCCAAGUGACUGGGCAGCACAGUGAAAGGUUUCCUUAACUCUUUCGUGCCUUUUAUGGAGUGAAAUCAAGGGACUCAGAAAAUGGCACCAUUAACUGAAAAGUCUGAAUCAAGGCAUAAACAAAAUCCAGAAGUGAAAGAGGCAAGUCCCUCCACCACAAUGAGCUCUGAACACGAAAAAAUUGAUGCUACAAAAACUGUUGUCAACGGGCUGAGCAGCAGUGGACAAGAAAAAGAAACGGAUCCCACUAAAGUCUGCAGCGGAAAAGGAGCUGUGACCCUCCGGGCAUCUCCAGCUUAUGAAGAGAAUCAGAAUAUCACUUUGCCAUGUCCUCAGGAUGGUGAGCAACCUGAAAGUCUGGAGCCAGAAAACCCAGAAACAGAUGAUUGGAGGUCGUCAGCUAACACUGAUGCCAAUGGGGAUGCCCAACCAUCUUCUCUGGCUGCCAAGGGUUAUAGGAGUGUGCGUCCGAACCUUUCCUCAGACAGCAAGCCACAGGACCCAGGUCCUGUGCUAAAUGAAGUGCCCCAGCCUGGCACUGGCACGGACUAUCCAACCUCCUUCACUUCAAUCAACAAGUCUUCCUCUGCCUAUCCUUCUACCACAAUCGUCAAUCCCACUAUUGUCCUCUUGCAGCACAAUCGAGAACAGCAAAAAAGGCUUAGUAGCCUGGCAGAUUCAGUGCCAGACAGACUAGUUUCUGAUAAAGUUGAUUCAGCACCCAUACGGGACAAGCCGGUUCAGGAGACAGUGCUAAGUGAGAAGAGGGCAAUGGAGGAGAAGAGAAGCAUUGUCAAGAGCCCUCAGCACAUGGCUGAUACCUCCGUCGAUGAUAUUGGCAUUCCGCUGAGGAAUACAGACAGAUCAAAGGACUGGUACAAGACGAUGUUCAAACAGAUCCACAAGCUAAAUAGAGAUGAAGAUUCUGAUUCAUACUCUCCUCGUUAUUCCUAUUCUGAGGACAGCAGAACCCAGCUUUCAGUUCCCCGCUCCAAGAGUGAGAUGGACAAUAUUGAUUCAGAGAAGGUUGUUAAGAGGUCUGCCACUUUGCCACUGCCAAACCGUACUUCAUCGCUGAAAUCAAGCCCAGAAAGGACUGACUGGGAGCCUCCAGACAAGAAGGUGGACACCAGAAAAUACCGAGCAGAGCCCAGGAGCAUUUAUGACUAUCAGCCAGGAAAGUCCUCAGUUCUGAACAAUGAAAAAAUGACUCGGGAUAUAAGCCCAGAAGAGAUAGAUUUAAAGAAUGAACCUUGGUAUAAAUUCUUUUCGGAAUUGGAGUUUGGGAAACCGCCUCCAAAAAAGAUUUGGGAUUAUACUCCUGGAGAUUGCUCUAUCCUUACUAGAGAGGAUAGAAAGACUGAUCUAGAAAAAGACCUCUACCUCUACCAGACUGAGUUAGAGGCAGAUUUAGAAAAAAUGGAGAAGCUUUAUAAAGCGCCACAUAAAAAGACACAGAAGAAUUCUUGGUUGGCGUCACGUCAUCAUCUCGUGCCUUUCAAGCGUGUUGCCAUCUACCCUCCCUUCAUACAAGCCCUGCUCUCUGCUAGAGCUCACGCGUACCCAAGAUUUGGAUAUUCCCAAGAGAUUUUACACAAUUUUCCUUAUGCUGUACCUGGCCAUGGCCUUCUAGGGCAGGUCAGCUGCUGCUGCUGUUUUGAGGGUCUGCAGGAUUUGCAGAAUACAGCAGGUGUUACUCCUCUGGAAACUUCCACAGACCAUUCUGCCUACUCCACAUAUUCACCCAACUACCAUGCAGUGAAGAGGGAGUCAGAACCAGCCCUGGGGGACCCUGCUGGCUUGGAGAAUGAAAGACAGAUUUACAAGAGUGUGCUGGAAGGCGGAGAUAUCCCAUUCCAGGGGCUGAGCGGUCUCAAGCGACCUUCUAGCUCUGCUUCCACAAAAGUGGAUCGUAAAGGUGGGAAUGCUCAUAUGACUGCACCCUCUUCAGUUAAUAGCCGAACCUUUAACGCUAGUCAUGCCGGUAUGUUAGGUCACGCAUGUAAACAUAAGAAGCCCUUAUCAGCUGCAAAAGCCUGCAUUACUGAAAUCCUCCCUUCCAAAUUCAAACCCAAACUAGCAGCUCCGGCUGCUCUUGUGCAGGACAAGAAGGGUAUCUUGCUGUCUCAUGAGAAAGCUCAAAGCUGCGAAAACCUUCGUAGCUCCAUUGCCUUGUUUGAUAAUAAAAAAGCUUUCAUGGUAGACAUAGGGGAAAGCAUAGAAAACAUGUUGAUGAAGUCAAAGCAGGAGUAUGCCAUCAAAUCCGGCAGCACCAUGAGCCUGCAGGAGUAUGGCACCAACUCUAGGAAAGGCUACCUGUUCCCUGCCUCCAGGAAGAGUGGGAUGGAGUUUACAAUGCUGUAUAAAGACAUGCACCAGAUCAACCGGUCCAGGAUCCAUUUGGGCACAGUCUCCUCAUGCAGCGUGAGGGAUAUUGCAUCUCAGUUUGAGAAUGAAGCAAAGGACAGAAUGGAGCACAGCCUUAGUCGAGAGGAUUCAGAGCAGAUCCCCAAACACACCGUUUCCUCCCGUAUCAGUGCCUUUGAGCAGCUGAUCCAGAGAUCGCGAUCGAUGCCCUCGCUUGACUUUUCCACUGGACAAAACAAAUUCACCGCUUCUCUCCAGUCUAAAGCUUGUCUGAGUUCUGCCUACUCUGCAGAGUUUCUUCUGGAUUUGCCAAAAGCACACCAAGAAGAGAAGGAUGCUGCCAGCUUGGCAGAUAAAUCCUCCCACUCCUGCAGCAACGUGGAGGACACGGCUUCAGAUGUCAGUGAUGCCAUCCCUAUGGACACACUUUCAGCUUGCACAGAUGAGAUAGAUCUCCUCUCUAAUGCAUCCAAUGACAGCGGCGGCAGCAGCAGCAACCUCAGUGGACCUCAGAAGCAUAAAAUCAACAGAUGCAAAGGCGCAUGCCCAGCUUCCUACACCAGGUUUACUACCAUCCGAAGGCAUGAGCAGCAGCAGGCCUCCAGGAACCCUGAUUCCAAAGGGGAUGUCUAUGGGGACAGACACAUGCUCCCCAGAAACGUCUACCUAAUGAGCCCGCUCCCCUUCCGAUUGAAAAAGCCCUUCCAAAACAAAUCCUGCAGGACUCCACCCCCAGACUGCCCGGGAAGCCCGGCAGUGCCCAGCCCUGAGAACCCAGAUGACCCCAUCCAGCUGCAGGGGAGCGUAGGAGGCAAGAGUCAUCACUCCCAGCACCAACUGUGCUCCAGAAGCAGGCCUCUAGCCCCCAGGCGCCUGUCUUCCUUUGACAUUGUGGAGAGGCUUAGCUACUUCCCCACCAUGGGAUCUGGCCGAGAUAGCUUCAUGGGCCGGGCUGACACUCCUGACUCCUUAAACAAUGGGAACCCUGUUCCAUAUGCUCUCUGUCACAGCCUGGACACAAACAACAACCCGCAAAGUGAACUUGGGACGUACCUAGGAGAUUCAGAAUCACCAAGGCAUUUUGCACCAGUUGAUUACAUGGAAACUCCAGAAGAAAUUAUCCGCAGACGGCAUGACGAUAAAGAGAAACUUUUAGAGGACCAGAGACGACUUAAACGUGAGCAAGAAGAAGCUGAUAUUGCAGCUAGAAGGCACACAGGGGUUAUUCCAACGCACCAUCAGUUUAUCACUAAUGAGCGAUUUGGGGACCUCCUAAAUGUAGACGAUACAGCAAAGAGGAAAUCUGGGUCAGAGAUGAGACCUGCUAGAGCCAAAUUUGACUUUAAAGCACAGACGCUAAAGGAACUUCCUCUGCAGAAAGGAGAUAUUGUUUACAUUUACAAGCAGAUUGACCAGAACUGGUAUGAAGGUGAACACCAUGGCAGAGUUGGCAUCUUCCCACGAUCAUACAUAGAGCUCCUCCCACCAGCUGAGAAAGCUCAGCCGAAAAAGCCAUCACCAUUGCAAGUAUUGGAAUAUGGAGAUGCUAUUGCUAAGUUCAACUUCAAUGGGGAUACCCAAGUGGAAAUGUCCUUCAGAAAGGGUGAAAGGAUCACGUUGAUUCGACGAGUGGAUGAGAACUGGUAUGAAGGAAAAAUCUCUGGCACCAAUCGCCAAGGCAUCUUCCCUGUCACUUACGUGGAGGUGCUCAAACGGCCAGUGGUCAAGAAUGCCGUUGACUAUCCUGACCCACCAAUGUCCCUCUCCCCUAACCGCAGCAUGACAGCUUCACCACAGCAACCUCAAGCACAGCAGCAAGGAGCCAGCCCUGACAGAAGUCAAACACCACGAGACAUAGUUAGCUACCAAGCCCUCUACAGCUAUACUCCUCAGAACGAUGAUGAGCUGGAACUAAGGGACGGUGACAUUGUCGAUGUCAUGGAGAAAUGUGACGACGGCUGGUUUGUGGGUACGUCCAGGAGAACAAGGCAGUUCGGCACCUUCCCAGGCAACUAUGUGAAGCUUCUGUACCUGUAAAAUAACAGUGAUCCCACUGUGACAGCGAUGGGGUUGUUUUCCAGGUGGUGUUUUUAAACAGUGAAGAAACAGACAAUUUAUGAAUGUAAUAGACAAGAGACGAGACGUGUUAGGAGGAUGUGGUUAUGUGGUACAGUACUGAGUUGAAUGUGUAGCCCUGCUUCCACGGAUUCAGGGUGUGAUUUGUUUGCUGAAGAAGAGACAGUGUCUGGUUUACAGUGCUGCCUUUGUGUAUUCCUCUCCCCUCCCCAGCAAGACUUCUGGUGAUAAUCUUAAUUUGUAUGGAGUACUUACCUCUGAGAAGGCUUCAGGGAAGCACAUGGUAUAGGUUUCGUUUGUGUGUUGAGGUAGGAUAGUGCUUUGGGGCAGUGUGCAGUCUGCAGCUGCUCCCUUUCACUGGCGGGGUUCAGGGAGGCCAGGCUUUCUGCCUGGUUUCUGCCUCGCUGAAGACUCACUUUGCUCUGCCUUCCACUUCCAUAGAAAACCCUUCCUUCAUGUCAUGCACCUUAAGACCCAGUAGAGGCAGAGGACAGCUGAUAUGCUUAAACUGCAGAGCUCUGUGUGGAAAAGGAAUUUGGGACUGGUGGUUUAAUCCAGAGAGGUCAGCCAAAGCAUAAUGCAAAUGCACAAAAAUCCCAAACCCUUUAAUAACAUAUUACCUAUCUCUGCAGGGUUUUUGUUCUUUUGUGCAGGGGGUGUGUGUGUGUGUGAGUGUAUUGUGUGCAUCAAAACAAACCAAGUCCUGUUUUUUUAAAGAGAAAUCAGCCUGGCUUUGACAUUUAUCUGCACAAAGAAUAGAACCAAUAAACAGAACAUCUGUGAGAGUAAAUCCUGUUUAUGAGUCCUACAGCCGUUCACUUUCUCUGCUUCUUCUGCCCUGUUGCUGGCCCUAAAGGAUCACACACUGUUUGAAGCAUACUCUUUGGGAUGAAGACUUUGCUCCUUUCCCAGCAUUAAAUGUUAGUGGCUCUGAUAAAUCUGAGCAAUGUAUCAACGUAUCACUGAGGGUGCCUUUUUUUUUUGUUACAGCAUUGAUAGGAGGUCUCAAAUACAUGCAUUUUGGCUGCCUCUUAGUCAUACAAAAAAGUCUAAUCAAUUUGGAAAGCUGUUCCCAGCAGUUAUUACUAGUUACAUAGAUUCAUAUUUCCUUGAGGAACAAAAACAUGGCUUGCCUGUAUGCUUGCCUGUAAAUCCACUACGAAUACUCUUUUGAUAGACAUUUUGUUAUUAAGAAAAAGCAUAAACAAAACCGGUUCUAUGAGACUCUGCUUCCUACAGUUACCAUACAAAUAGCAAAGGGUUAGAUUGCUAUUUUGUCAUAAGCCGUAUUUAAUAAUAUAAAAUGCCUAUUUUUAUGCUGAUGCUUUUAUACAGAUUUAUUAAGAAUAACUUCAACUAACUGUUAGCACGACUUGCAAUGUUUUGAUAAACUAGCCAUGCUCCUGGGUUUGAAAACAAGUAGGCUUGUCUUCCGCCUAGGUUAGCGGAAGAGAAGGCUCAGUGUCUCAGAAGUUUGACUGUAAAUAUGUAUAUUUAACUUUGUACAGACAAUGUACUUACCUUGUAUAGAAAAAUAAUUUAAACACAUUGAGUGAAGGGAGGAAAAAAAAAGGCAGUUGUGAAAGGUUGGGAUUUUUUUCCACUUUUAUUUAAAUGAUGGAAUUCCAUGUAUGGUCACAUAAAGAGUUUUAGCACAAAAUAUCCAUUAUGAAAGGGUUUCAGAUAUGACACAAAAGCACCACUGUUUCUUUUCUGCAGGAGGUACCUUUAAUCCUUCAUGUUAUUUAUGGGUUUGUUUUUCUGCUUUGGGUUUGCCCUCCAGUUAUUUGCAGCAAUACUUAGGCCUGUUGCUAAGAUUGGAUAACACCAAAUUAAUCUAUCCAGCAAAGUAACAUGAUCAUACUGACUGUAUAUAACAUACUCAUUUAAAGGUUUAUUUUUUGUUCUUGCUCUUGCCAUUUUAAGUUACACACACACACACACAUACACACCGCAACUUAUUUUUGUGUUGAUUUUUUGUUUCUUAUUGCAGUGGAUUACUAUUUGACAAUUAAUAAAUGGAAUUAUUGAAUUACUAUUGUGUUCCUUGUACAAAUUAUUAAAUAAAGUCUAUUCCUGGC